AUGACCACCCCCCAAGCGCAGGCAGUGACCGUGUCGCUGAACGAUCUCAAGAAUGGUGGCGUCUCCUCGCAUCUCCUCGCCCCCCUGCCGCCCCUCGAGGAGCUCGCCAGCAGCCCCGACCCGGCGGCCGGCCUCUACAUCAAGUCGCGCACGGGCGAGACGGUCCAGGUCAAGAUCCCGCGCGACUGCAUCGCCUUUCAGACGGGCGAGGCCCUCGAGCGCAUCACCGACGGCAAGUUCAAGGCCGUGCCGCACUUUGUGCGCGGCGUGCGGGCCUCGGUGAGCGACGGCCGUGUGGCGCGCAACACGCUCGCCGUCUUCACGCAGCCCAACCUGGGCGAGGAGGUGGACAUUAAGCAGCACCUGACCUUUGGCGAAUUUGCACGGGGCGUCGUGGCCAAGAACACGGUACACAUGCGAGGGUGGCAUCAGCGGCACCGUGCCGAGCUGCCGAAUGCAUGCAUCUCGUCAGCCAUCCGGUGGAAGUCCGAUGGACCCGGUAUCGACAAUGGCACCCAAAGGCGUCGUCUUCCGGCACCAGGUGCAGCCGUGGCACCCGUCGUCGACGCUGAACGCACGAGGCGGCCCUCGCCGUGCUGCGUCUGGCGCCGGCGCGCUUCUUCGAUUUCAGCGCCCGCCCUCUUCGCGGCGCAGAAGGACUACUUUGACGUCAGCGUCGUCGGCGAGACGCGCAACGCGACCUACCGCCGUCUCGCGCAGCUGGCGAGUGCGACGGCCGGCGUCGGCGAGGACGACGUGUUCCGCCUGCUCGCCAUCUCGGACAAGCCGGCGGAGGACGGGUCGCUGAACACGGGCAAUGCCGUGACGGUCGACCUCAAGCUCGCCGUCAAGAUGGCGCGGCUGACGGGCGUCCACGUGAGCCCGACAGUGUUGCUGGAUGGGGUUGUGCAGGGCGAUAUCAGCUCGGGGUGGACUCUGGAGCAGUGGACCGAGUGGCUGGGUGCCAACAUUGCAGAAUAG